CAGAUCUGAGGAGGGGCUGCAGAGGGCAACACAUAGGGUUAUAAAAACCACAGUGCAGAGAAGAGGUGGAGAGAGAGGAGCAGAGAGGAAGGAAGGAUGGCAGAGAUGUGUGGCCUUGAGGAGACAUAUGAGAACCAGAAAUUGACUGAGAAAGAGCCUAGACAACUGUGGAGCUCAAGGGGCUCACCAGGAUGCCGCACCAGGCUCCCUCUGCUUCUGCUGCCGCUUCUCCUUUCUUUGGGCCUCUUCCUGCUCCUGAUAACCAUCCUGAUUCAAGUCUCCAAGAUCCAUCAAUCCAUGCAGAGAGGAGCGUGGGACCAUCAGGAGAACGAGCCCCCGGUGGCUGUUUCUCCGGAGCGGAUACAGUCAGAACUGGAGGAGAUCCGUGAGCAGCUGACCAGGAUGAAUGCCACCCUGACUGGCCUGUGCCGACCCUGCCCCUGGAAUUGGGGAUUCUUCCAAGGAAGCUGCUACUUCUUCUCCCAGACCCAGAACACCUGGAAAGCUUCCGUCUCCGCCUGUCAGGACAUCAAGGCUCAGCUGGUGAUCAUCGACAGUGCUGAGGAGCAGCAAUUUCUGAAGUUUUGGGAUACCAGAAAUAAUAGGCCCGCCUGGAUCGGCCUCAGCGACCACCACAACGAGGGUUCCUGGCUAUGGGUGGACAACACCCCUGUCAAUCUCAGCUUCUGGAAAGAAGGAGAACCCAACAACCACGGAGAUGAGGACUGCGUGGACUUCUACAGUGAUGGCUGGAAUGAUGACAGAUGUAACAGAGAGAACUUCUUUAUCUGCGAGAAGCCCUCGGUCCCCUGCCCAGAAUUCUGACGACUGCUGUUCCCCGGUGCCCAGAGACCGGGCAACUGCGCAUGCGCUUUGCUGGCUGCUCUCUGGCUCCGCCCCCUUUUCUUUCCUCCCCCUUAACUGAGGACGGGAGGACCCUGAGAGAGGUUCUGAGGUUCUCCUCGAAGGCCCAUCCCUCCAUAGGCUGUAGACGGUUUCUCUUCUGUUGAUGGUCUCAGCCUCACCUGAGCCCCGUAAUAUCCCCUUAAUAAAGUAAUUCAUUGUA